AUGGCUGAACGAAAGGUAAGGAGUAUCGUGUUACUUUUUUUUAAGCAAAAAUGUUUUUUUAUGCCCAUCAGUGCUGUCUUUAAAGUUCCAAUAACAUAAGGUAUUUUCCUUCAGCUUUGAGACGAAAUAUUCGCACAAGAGCUCAUUUAGAUCAAAAUUUACCUCCUACUUACCUGUCUUCAAAGGAUGCCGCCCUGCCUCAAGUUUUCGACACUCUCUGUCUUUAUAGAUUUGCUAGUAUACUCCAAAUCUUAAAUUAAAUGAAAUUCUGGUCAAUUCUGGACCUCCGUUACAAACAUCAGUUGGAUGAAAGCGGAAUACGACCUAUUCCAGGCGUGACAUAGAAGAUGAAUCCAGAAACCUGUGCCAAAUCUCACCAAACAAUGACAAGUAGUGCUUUAUUAAAUAAUCUUAUUUUUUGAUACUUUCUAUGUCAUUUUUUUAAUUCUACCCCAAAAAAUUUUUGUCCAUAAGAAAUACAGUUUGGAUUGUUUUGAGAGGAUCUUGUUUAAUCGUUGUUUGUUCAAAUCAGUGUUGUGCAGCUUUUGAUGUAGUGCUACUUUGUUCCAGGUUUUGGUUGAGUUUGGCGAAAGCCGUAAGGUUCUCUCUCUAGAAGAGGGAAACUCUAUGGUUAAACUAAUAAAGGAUGCAUUUGCAAUUGAAGGCGAAAUCUUGUUACAGAAGUUUGGCAAAGAGUGGCAAGAAAUUAUUGGUCUUGAAGGGAAUGCUGUUGUAGAAGACAAGGCAAAGUUGCGUGUCAUUUCAAAGGUGUGCAAUAUGUGAUAGGAUUUGAAUAUUUAGCUAUUCUUGUAGUUGAUUUAUAAAGUCUGUAUGAUUUUCUUUGUUUGAUUGGCUGAAUUAAGGAAUUACCUCCAAUCAGAGACAGUCACAAUGAAAGGGCUGCCAAAUUUCCAAAUGAUUUCUAGAAGAAAUAUUUACUCAUUAAAAUAUAAUUAUGUGGUAUUUUGCUCUCUGGCCUCAAUACAUCUCUGUUUUUCACAUUAAAUGGGCAGUACCACUUCUAUUGUGUGACAAACGCUACUUAACUUUGUUUGCUGAUAUAUACAGCCGUCAAGCCAUGUCUCAGCGGUUCAACCCACUAUAUGUGCGACAUCAACAACCACAGGUAAUCAAAUUUAUUGACACCUUUCAUACCAGACAAAAGCUUGAACAUUUUUCUCUACUGUAGCUGUAAAUAGAUAGGUUUAGAAAAUCUGUUAUUCUUCCGUCACCUUCAACGAUCUGCACACUUCCACACUUUCAUGAAUUUAGUAAAAUAGAAGAAGGCUGAUCAGGCAUUUCCUAAUGAAACAGAAUAGAUUACAUAUGCCAGUAGAUGAAAUAGUGCCAUUAUAGUAGUAGUGUUUAUUUUUUAUAUUAAUAGUUUGUUCAAGAAGUCAAUCAACACUUGUCAUAAGCAAUGGCAAGAUAGCGAUUGGCCCCAAAGUAAAAGUCAGUGAUCCUUGUGAGUGUAUUUUGUUCAAUGGUAGUCUGGUUCAGUAAUUUUAUGGUUAAUGAAGGAAAUAAUGCCCAUGCCUGUCUGAAGCAAGCAAUUACUAAUGCUAGCAUUCCAUUGUUAUAAAUUCAGCACUUUGAUUUAAUACUAAUAGUUUAUUUUACUGAAUCAUGAUUAAUAUUCAUACAUGACUGUAAAGGACCUGUUUCCUCCUGCCAUCCAUGUGUAUUGGUUUAUAUAUUGAAUUCUUAAAGUGGAAUAUAAGCACACAUUUUAACAUAGAAAAUCACCUUCAAGGGGCGUCCUACUCCAUGUUUCAGGAUUAAUAAACCAAUAAUAUUUUAUACAUUUGGUAUAAAUAUCCAUAAACUAUUCAUUUGUCAAUACUGAUGGGUAUUUUCUUCUGUUGCUCUUAUGCUGGGACUCUAGUUGUACAGUAAUAAGAAAAAUAUUUUCUCAUCAAAAUUGGUUAAAAUGUGAAAAUGAAGUGACUGAUUGUCUUUUAAUAGAUAGUUCUUUUUGUUUGUCUCAAAGGUGACGGGACAGAGUACAAAAAAUAGUCAACAGGUGAUCAGUGCAGCCAUGAUUUAUGGAAAGGGCUCAUCAGACAAGGUGUUAACACCCUACCAGAUUUCGGUAAAUGAGGCUGCAGGUAAACUGGCUCUUGAGAAUCCUUCCCUGCUUGACCAAAGGGGUAUCCUGUAUGAGAAAGAUAAAGAGGCAGUAAGGGGUGAAAGUUGCUUUGUGUUUAAGAAAGGAAAAUCCCGAUCAAAAUCAUUUGAAGAAGUAGAGCCAGUACCAUCCAAGAAACAAUAUACCUCAGACACAUUCAGAAAGGAACACACUGCCCAACUUCUUGAAGACAUUGAAGGAAAGCAGAAGCAACUGAAGUACAAACAGCUUCGUCAAAGUAAAGCACAGGCAUCUAAAGACUGGGAGACGUGUGAUAGGCUACAGAAGGAAAUGGCCACAUUAAGGAAGGAGGUUUUUGAGGCCCAGAAAGAGCUGAAGUUGCUUCAAAGAAAAGAAAAGAAGUCCAAGUGGUACAAAAAAAGGCAAACCAAAGCACUGGUGUCACAGUUUUGAAUCAGGCCUCUGUUGACGUUUACAGGAAAGGAACCAACAAAAAAAGAUGAAUCCCAAUCAGGCCCCUGCGGUUCUAGGGCAAGAAAACUGUACCACUAUACAGCCCGGCAGUCCUUCCAUGGUUCCUGUGGCUUUAGGACAAGCAAGCAGUAGUCCUCAUGUACCAGUGGCUUCAGGACAAGAGACUUUGAAGGCUACACAGCCCAGUAACAGACCCCAAGUUUCUGUGGCAUCUGAGCAGGGUUUUGUGGAAAGUCCCCUCAGGAUCUGUUGAGGGGGCCUGACAGUGACGUUAUUUUGUGAAAGAGUUUUAAAUAUUAGUCUUCCUGUGUUAGAGCUGAUGAUUUUACUGACAUUUCUGCAUUACAAGGAUUUACUUUAGAGAGUUACAUUGCCACAAUGGAAAAAAAUAUGCAUUGCAGAACAUACCCAACUUUGUAA